AUGGCGGUGUUACCUUCAUUCACAACGGAAACACAAAAUGUCAGCAUCCCGCCUUCAGAGUAUCAAGCCUUGGUUGAGACCAAGCUGCAAUACCUCGCCCUACGGCAAGCCCUCCUAUCUGGCGGCGUUGAGGCAGAAGCCCUGGAUGUCCUAAUCAAGACAAACAUCUGUUCCAUCUCCCCAUCCGCCGACCUUCCUCUGAACCCCAUCGACCAGGACGCACAAGGAUCGAGUUCAACCUCCCCCUCGGAGACAUCGUCCGUCGCCUGCAGCGCUACUCCUGUGAUCAAGCGGAGACGUCCCGAUGCAAUAUCCACUCAAACCCCUUCGAAAUUUGAUACUAAUGUGACUGGAUAUGCAACCUACGGCUCACCAUCCUCUGAGGAAGAUAGUGUUGACCGCGCGGUUGUCCUUACCAGUUGUUCCCCUCAUACAACAUUGGCUGAUAUUACUGACGCCAUUCGGGGCGGUGCACUCCUGCGAGUCUUCAUGCGGCCGGGUGCUCGAACCGCAUUUCUUACCUUUAUCCAAGGCGCUGCUGCGGAAAAUCUGGUCAGAUACUCGAGACAAAACCCAAUUUACAUCAAGGGUCAACAGGUGAGUGCGUUCGACAUUUCACGGAAGUUCUCUAAUGAGAAAAAGGUGACUGUCAAAUGGGAUGAACGACAACAGCAUCUGUCGGCCUAUCUUGUUCGUCAGAUCUACCAGAAUAAAGCCAGCCGCAACCUGGUGAUACGAUUCGCAAACCCAGACAUGACACCCGCUGAUGUGCAAAGCGACCUCGAGCAUAUCCACGGGUUGGACAUUGUUCGGAUCACCCGCCAAGGCUCACAUCUCUUUGUCUCUACCAACAGCGUUCAGCAUGCACUGACAGCUCGGUAUUGCAUGAUGUCAAGAUUCAAAUACAAGGGCACCAAAAUUGAGUUCUGUCAAGACGAAUGCAAUUCACCUUGGCCUUUGCCCAAGCUAGCCUCUGCUGCAGAACUCAAGCAAGGAUAUGGAGGGGCAGAUGGUGCGGAGAGCUUGUUCUACAACAAGUUUCAACCCCUCUCUAUCCACUAG